CGUUUGUUGCAUCUCAGUCGUGCAUAACUGCAGGCAGAGAGAGGCCACUGCCCUCCGAAAGGGCUGCAGCCUGCAGAGAAACCUGGCUCCUGGGGACCGGGCUCCUGAGUGGGCACAGCAGAAAACAUGUUUUUGGAUGAAGAUUUUUUAAAAAGGUAAUUCUGACACGUGCUGCAACAUGGAUGAACCUUGAGGAAAUUGUGCUAAGUGAAACGAGCCAGUCAGAGAAGGACAGACACUGUGUGACCCCACUCACACGAGGUCCCUGGGGUAGUCGGAUUCACAGAGACAGAAAACAGAACGGAGGUCGCCAGGGGCUGGGGUGAGGGGCGACGGGGGUGUUCGGUGCUUAACGAGCGCAGAGCUCCAGCUUGGGAGGAUGGACACGUCCUGGAGACAGAUGCUGGGGACGGGUGCACAGCGAUGUGAACGCACUCAGUGCCACAGAACCGUGGACUAGAAAUGGUUAAGCACACCAAAAGUGAGGUUAGCUGAGAUCAUCUGACACAGGAAGCACGUGACUUCUGAGUGAGCCGGAAGAUGCCUGAAUUAACACGUCAGAACCACGUUUCACUAGCACCACAGCACCGGCACCACAGCACCGGCGGCGGCAUCACAGCCAGCUUUCACCUGUCAAGGUGGCUGGACCCCUGGCCGCCCUCUCCUUCCCCAUCGCUGUCACUCCAUUCAGCAAGUGGCGGGAUAAGUGGCUCCUUCAGUGCACUGAAGAGGCAAAAAGCAAAAAGCAACACGGUAUAAACUUGAGGUGGGACAUUGGCAACAUAAGUAUCUUCAUUUCACGUUGGUCCUGAAACCGGAAAAGCUGGUGUUCUGCUGCCUGUCACCUACCAGACCCAACAAGCAGAGGCAGGGAUUGAAUCUCUAUGGGUGCUUUAUUCAGAUGGCCGGCGAUCUGAGAAGACGGCGGAACCAACACCAGCCGCUCAACCCAGCCCUCCACCCUCUACCGUCCACCCUGCCACACCCCCAGGCAGCACGUUACCUGUGACGGUUCCGGUUCACCUUCUAUCCGCCACUGAGCCGUCUUUCUGUCAGCUCCUGCACUCACAGGCGGUGUCCUUUCCUGCUGGAGAGAGCAGUGCAUGUGAUCCAGCCUCCACCCUCUUGGGUGGACAGGCUGGGUGGAGGCCACAGAGUUGCCGCACAGCAGGGCCACUGCCUGGCCCCCAGGCUGCCUCUCGGCCUCCCGCUUGGACGGGAGGAGGUUUCCUGCAGCCGCAGUCUGCCGGCUGUUCUCUGCGCUGAGAUGUCUCCUUCUGGCUGCUGGGGCCUGUCUGUGGCCCUUCUGGCCCUGCUCUUCUGCCCAGGGUCCGCCGAGGAGUUCGAAGUGAGGAUAUACCCAGAGCAGCUGGUGGUGGAGCAUGGAGGGUCCAAGGUGAUCAACUGCAGCACCACCUGUCCCAAGCCUAAUACUGGCGGUAUGGAGACCAACCUCAAUAAGACUUUGCUGGCCAGAGAAACUCAGUGGAUACAGUACGAGGUCUUCGGCGUCUCCCAGAACACGGUCCUGCAGUGCUACUUCACCUGCUCCCAGAAGCAGGUGUCGGCACACGGCAACAUCAGCGUGUUUUACCCUCCAAAGGAGGUGCUGAUGACGGUGCAGCCCAUUUGGGUGACUGUAGGCGAGUCCUUCAUCAUUGAGUGCAGGGUGCCCGCUGUGGCGCCCCUGGAGAAACUCACCCUCACCUUGCUCCGUGGCAAUGAGUCCCUGCACCAGCAGACCUUCGAGGGGGCAACAGCCGGCCCGCAAGAAGCCAUGACCACGCACAACAGAACGGCCCACAGGGAGGAUGGGCGCUACAACUUCUCCUGCCAGGCCGAACUGGACCUGCGGUCUCGUGGUGGGACAGUCAUUCACAAAACAUCCAAGUCCCAGGGGCUCGAGAUCCAUGAGCCCAAGCCCGACAAGCAGAUGGUCAUCAUCAUCGCGGUUGUGUCAGUGCUGCUGUCGUUGUUUGUGACAUCCGUCCUGCUGUGUUUUGCCUUCGGCCAGCAGUGGCACCAGAGGCGAAGAGGCAGUUACGGGGUGCAAGCAGCUUGGAGGAGACUGAGACGGGCCUACCGCGCAUAGUCCGCCUGUGGAGCAUGGCCUCCGCCAUGACAGCCACUGGGAUUCACUGUGGCUCCUCAGGGUUGCAGUCCAGCCCUGGCUGAAGGACAUUGACAAGCAGCAGAGGACUUUGGGAACAUUUUCUCUUCUCAUCUGAAUACAAACACCUGGACUUAACCCUGUGCCUCGAUGUCUCCUCCUGGGAGAACACUCAACUGCCAGGAAGGUCACUCAUGAGACCCAGACUUCUGUUCCCAGAUGUCUCCUCAGUGUCCCUCCACCCUCUCCUUCCCAGGGGCCUUUCUAGCCAGCCCAGGCCCCAGGGCACUCCCGUGCUGACCUGCCCAGGCACCUGACACCCACCCUCGUUGGGCGCCGAGUAACAAAUUUCACCUGAGGGAGCAUUGGAGAGAUGCACCCCGGCCUGGCGGGGCGGAGGUGCUCUGUCCCCACAUGGCCCUCCAGAAACUCAGGCCACUCUCAGCUGGACCGGGACAGGGCCAACAGGAAGCUGGGGCGAGGGUGGGGACCCCAAGGGAACUGGCUCAGCCCCGGGACCCUCCCAGUCAGGACACUCCCACGUCACCCUUGGCCUUCAGAGAGCCGUGAACACGAAAGCAGUCUUCUC